AUGGUGCCGGGUAAGAUUGCUGCUGGAGGGGUUUUCCGCGAUAAUCAUAGUACGGUGCGCGGUUGCUUUCAUAAAAAAGGAGGGAUUGGUUAUGCUUUCGAGGCGGAGCUUCUCGCAGUGAUAACUGCUAUUCAAAUUGCUAAUGAUCGGCAGUGGUUUUAUCUUUGGUUGGAGUCGGACUCUACUUAUAUUGUUCGCCUGCUCCAAGAUCGCUCUUUGCUUGUUCCUUGGCGUUUUAUGGCCUCUUGGAAAAGGAUUCUCGCGCUUCUUGAUAACUUCCAUCUUUAUGUUUCUCAUAUCUAUCGGGAAGGUAACAAGGUGGCGGACAUCUUGGCUGCGGAUACUAUGGUCGAGGGUUGGUGGGCCUUCGAAAUUGACAUUAUCAAGGAUGCGGUGCGUUUGGAUAUGUCUUCACAUAGCCACAUCCGCAUGGUUCUACAUUGA